GCAAGGUAAGACCGUUACAAAAAAUUACAAAUCAAAAUUCCAAAAUCAACGCGACCGCUAACGUUAACGUGUUAACAUUUGCAGAAACAUAAAAGAACCAAUUAUAUAAAAUAAAAUAAAAUGAAAGUGUUCGCGCUGUGUUCUAUGCUUGCCCUGCUCCUGGCUGGUGGAGUUCAGUCGAUGCCACAGAAUCGUGAGGGUGCCGCCUACACAAAUGAAGCCAUCCGCCAGGCCCAACAAACUCUGCUGAUACCCAAAGAUGCCCAAAUACAGAAUGUUCAAGAGGGUAUCGAACUGGGUGCCUAUGAGCAAAUUCCCGGCAAUCAGCGCAUCAAUCUAUUUGAAAUCUUGGGCGAUCAAGUGCCCUCUGAGGUGAUAAACAAUCUGCAAGCUCAAGUCGAUCAGAUUGGACGUAAUUAAAUAAUUUAGAAAUGUACAUCAAAAUAUAUUAAUUUUUUCACUGUUCCCUUGUUAAGUUUAUAAAUCAGAAAGAUUGAAAAAAAAAAACAAAAAAUACACACACAUA